CGUAGCCAAUCAGAUUUGCUAUCUAGCUUUUCUCAUUUGCCAUUUAUACGUUAUCUUUUUUUUGCGUAACAGUUGGUAGUAAUGGUUGUUGCUCUUGCAUGUCACCUAGCGGUAAUCGCGUAAAAUACCUCAAUUCAAAUUUUCCAACGGAUGCUGUGUCUAACUUCUGGCGUGUAACGUUUACAAACAGUAAAUGAAUACGGAAUAAAACGUAUCGUGAAAAGAAGUAAAUUCGUAUCAGCUGUGUUGUAACGAGAAAUAUUCGGAGCACAAAAAGUUAUUCAAAAUGAAUGAUACACGUAAUGCGAAGAAGGAUAAAAAUCAACAUAUACAGGUUUUCGUGCGUGUUAGACCAAUAAAUAAUACUGAGAAAAUUGGAAAAUCAAUCUCAGUAGUGGAAUUACCAUCUAACAAAGAAGUAAUAGUGCAUGAAAGAUCACAAGGCAGUCACUCGAAAAAGUUUACAUUUGAUAAAGUAUUUGGACCUUCCUCAAAACAAGUAGAUGUAUAUAAUGCAGUUGUUAACCCAUUGCUUGAGGAGGUAUUGGCAGGAUAUAAUUGUACAGUUUUUGCCUAUGGUCAAACUGGAACUGGAAAAACAUUUACUAUGGAAGGUGUUAGCAAUGAUCCAACAUUGCAUUGGCAAAGUGAUACAACAGCUGGAAUUAUACCUCGUGCAUUGAGUCAUUUGUUUGAUGAAUUACGUAUGUUGGAAGUACAAGAAUAUACAGUACGAGUUAGUUUCCUGGAAUUAUAUAAUGAAGAAUUAUUCGACUUACUCUCCCCUAACGAUGAUGCAUCUAAAAUAAGGCUUUAUGAAGAUGCUACAAGAAAAGGUUCAGUAAUCAUUCAUGGAUUAGAAGAAGUAACUGUACAUAAUAAAAAUGAAGUUUACAAAAUCCUAGAAAAAGGAUCUGAGAAAAGGCAAACAGCUGCAACUUUCAUGAAUGCUCACUCGAGCCGUUCUCAUACAGUAUUUUCGAUUACUAUUCACAUAAAAGAAAAUAAUGUAGAUGGGGAAGAACUUCUUAAGACUGGAAAAUUAAACUUAGUAGAUUUAGCUGGGAGUGAGAAUAUUGGAAGAUCUGGUGCAGUUGAUAGGAGAGCAAGAGAAGCAGGAAAUAUUAAUCAAUCAUUAUUGACUCUUGGUCGAGUUAUAACAGCACUUGUUGAAAGAGCACCUCACAUACCAUAUAGGGAAUCAAAAUUAACGAGACUUCUGCAAGAAUCGUUAGGCGGACGUACGAAGACAUCAAUUAUUGCUACAGUAUCUCCAGCAAACAUAAAUUUAGAGGAAACAUUGUCAACAUUAGAUUAUGCUCACCGUGCCAAAAAUAUCACAAAUCGUCCUGAAAUCAAUCAGAAAUUGUCUAAAAAAGCAUUACUUAAAGAGUAUACAGAGGAAAUUGAAAGACUUAGGAGAGAUUUAUUAGCAGCACGUGAACGAAAUGGUGUAUAUUUGGCACAGGAAAAUUAUAACGAAAUGCAAUCAUUGAUUGAGAAUCAGAGUAAAGAAAUUGAAGAAAAAAUAACUCACAUUAAAGUGCUUAAAGAAACUAUGGAAACUAAGGAGCAAAUAUUCGAUGAUUUACAAGCAAAACAUAAUGAACAAACUAAUCAUCUACAUGAAACUAAGGAACAAUUAGAAACUACCACUCAUGCUUUGAAAUCUACUACUGCACUUUUAGAAAUGACAGAACGUGAGAAAGAAGAACAAAGUCAUUUAGUAAAAAAACAUGUAUCUACAGAAAAAGAACUUUUCUCACAGGCACAAAUACUUUUAAACGUUGCUGAUACAGUUACAACUGAUGUAAAUAAGCUUCAGGAUAAAAUUUCUCAUAAAAGGCAAUUGGAACAGGAAAACGAACAUCUUAGUCACCAAUUUCGAUGUAACAUUACAAAACAGUUUCAAGACAUGGAAAAUAAUGUUACAGUUUAUUCGCAAAAUUUUCUACAGUUUUGUACUUCCAUGAAAAAUAAAAUAGAUUCACAAGUAAAGUUAUUCAAAAAGGAUAUAGAUUCGUUAAUCGAUCAUAUGUCAAAUGAUAUUGUUAAUAAAGAACAGUCAGCAGUGGAUGAAUUUAGAAAAAAUAUAAAUAAUUCGUACACACAUUAUCAACAAUGGUCGGAUACAGAAAGAAAAUGUUCAUCUGACAUGAUUCAACGUGAACAGGAAUUUUUAAAUGACACAUCCCUAAAACUGACAUCAAAAAUGAAUGAUUUGAUACAAAUUAAUAGCUUGCAAAUUGCAAACAAUUUACGUCAUUUAAAUGAUGACGUAUCUCAGAAAUUUGAUAAGUUACUGGUAUAUACAAAUGAAUCAAUAAGACAACUUUGUAAUCACAAGAUACAGGAAUGUGACAAUUUACGUAAAAAUAUAGAUGAUAUAAAACAAAAUGUACAAAUUAUUUAUGAAAAUGAUGGUAAAAUUAUGGAGGAACAAGAAAAGUUUAAGAAGUCAUUUGAAAAUUUAUCGCAACAAUUUAACAACUUGAAUAAAAACGUGACCGAGAAUUAUUCUAAUAAAUGCACCACUUUAGCUCGUGUUAAUGAAAUUUGUGAUAGUACCGAUGCCAUUAUUCUCAAUGACUAUUACAAAACUGUUGGAGAAAAUGAGUCUCUGGAACAGAAAAUUCAGAACAAUAUUGAUAUACUUAAAAGCGAUAUUGAUCAUAACAUGAUAAAGAAUCAGGCAAUAGCAGAGCAGAUUGCAGUAGAAGGCCAUAAUUUAACUGACGAAUUUCAAACUAACAUAAACAAUCAUUGCAAUAUAUUAAUGCAGGACAAAUUACAUGUGGAAAAUGACAAGAAACAAAUUGAACAAAAGUUCAUGGAAGAUAAUUCUUCUUCUAUUGGAUUUAUUGAAAAUAUCCAUCAUAUACUAAUGGAAGGUUAUGAUAAUCAUGUAAAACUUGUAGAAGAAAAAGAAAAGAAAAACCUACAAAUGUUUAUAGAACUAGAUGAUGAAAUUAAAAGGCAAAGUGAAAUUUCGUCUGAUUGGAAUGACAAGACAACAACGGAAUUGAAUUCAAUACAAGAAAGAAUUGGGAAAUUUCUUCUUGAAGAUUUACGGCGCGAUACACCAACAGGUUUAACACCUGCAAAAAAAGAAUAUCAUUAUCCACGACGCUUGGUCGUAACUUCGCCACACGAACGAAUCAUUCAAAGGUUCAGAAAAAUAAGAAAUUAUCGUGAAAGCUCUGAUGACGAAGAAGCAACGUUGGUAAAUAAUAAUUCACCGAAGAAGCGAUCGCAAAUCCAAACGUAGAUUAAACGCUUCAAUUGGUAAUUGAUUACAUUUUAUACUUAUGAUAAUAAUUAAUUAUACAUUAGAUUUACUGUGAGGUAAUAAUAUUUUGAUACAAUGACAUGAUGUAAUAAAUAAUAUUAAAGAA